AUAAACAGUGAGGAGCCAGGGCAGUCUGUACAGCAGAUGGCAUUACAGGUAGUAUUUAUCACACUCCAAUCUCAGGGCUAAGAUACUCGGGAGGGAGGAUUGACGUCAGCUAGGAGUGAAUCAGUUUUAAAACAAGCUGGAAACCUGCUUGUGCCUUCAGCAGUUGAUGACUUUGUGCAGCACUUGUGCUUUGCACUCCCCUGUGCAUUGAUUAGUCUGAGCAAGCCUAGCAGGAAGAGUUCAUUCUGUUUUUGCAGCUUAAGUGAGCUGAUGCAAAUAGAUCUUGGACUUUGAGGUGGGAAGAUUCCACCCAGCUGCAGUAACCAGGGGGAUGCCCUUUGCUCCAGUUUUUGUGCCAAAUUUGUGCAUUGGGGAAUUUUAAGCAAAUAUCACUUGGCAGGAUAUUGACUCUCAGGGUACAAGAAUAACACUGAGUAAGGCAGCAGGGCAUGGGCUGGGAGGCAUUUACAGGGAGAACCAUCCAGACUGACACUGAACAGUGGAGAACACCAGUUCUGAAGUAUUUUAUGAAAAACAGUUGGGUUUUUGUCUCAAAGGAGCCCAGACAUCCUCUGAAUGAAAACCAGGAGCAGUUUUUCAUCUGGGCAGAGCGUCCUCGUGCAGGAGUGACAGAGUUCAUCAAAGGUUACUAAUUACCAUGUAAAUGAUGAGGUCGUCUGGCUGUCUGGACAGACUUGGGUGGGUGACCUGGGGUAGAAUCAUGGGAUCAUUAAGAUUGGAAAAGACUUCCAAGAUCAAGCCCAGCCUUCGACCAAAUACUCCCAUGCCUGCUGAACUGUGUCACCAGUGCCACAUCUGCUCGUGUUUUGGACACUUCAGGGGAUUGUGACUCCACCACUUCCCCAGGGAGGCUGUUUCAAAGACUUUCAAGGACGGAGGAGUGUGAAGAGCUCACCAUGUGCCUUGGCUUGGGAGCGCUUGGGGAAGCACAGAGCUGUGCUCUGCCAAAUGAGUUCAUCAGCCCUGAGCUCACCAUGUUCCUCAGCACUUGAGGCACAGCUGCUGGGCAAAGUGGCACAGAGAGAACCCUUCCAGCCCUGGAAAACUCGGCAUCAAGGCAUGGAGAACUCAGCUUUAGCUGGGGAGGAUCACAGACUGAGCAGCACAGCCAGCAGGCACGAAGCAUCGGCGGCCAGCGAGUCCCCGCGAGUUAUUCGGAGCACGCGAGACACGCGGGGCGUGGAGGGCAAGCUGGUGGCGCGGGCAGUCCUGGGCGGCCUCUCGCAGACGGACUCCCGCGACUACAGCCUGGUGACGGCCAGCUGUGGCUUCGGCAAAGAUUUCCGCAAGGGCAUCCUCAAGAAAGGCAUGUGCUACGGGGAUGACGCCUGUUUCGUGGCGCGGCACCGCACCGCCGAUGUGCUGGGGGUGGCAGAUGGUGUUGGUGGCUGGAGAGACUACGGGGUUGACCCUUCUCAGUUCUCAGGGACUCUCAUGCGGACGUGUGAACGUUUAGUGAAAGAAGGACGGUUUGUUCCAAGCAAUCCUGUUGGAAUUCUCACUGCAGGCUAUUGUGAGCUGCUGCAGAACAAAGUACCUUUGCUUGGGAGCAGCACAGCUUGUAUAGUAGUCCUGGACAGAUCAAGUCAUCGUUUACAUACAGCCAACUUGGGAGAUUCUGGAUUUUUGGUGGUCAGAGGUGGAGAAGUCGUCCAUCGAUCCGACGAGCAGCAGCAUUACUUCAACACUCCCUUCCAGCUGUCAAUAGCUCCACCAGAAGCAGAAGGAGUUGUCUUAAGUGACAGCCCUGAGGCUGCUGACAGCACGUCCUUCGAUGUCCAGCUUGGGGACAUCAUCCUGACGGCCACAGACGGAUUGUUCGACAACAUGCCUGACUACAUGAUCCUGCAGGAGCUGAAAAAGCUGAAGAACUCCAACUACGAGAGCAUCCAGCAGACUGCACGGAGCAUUGCUGAGCAAGCCCACGAGCUGGCCUACGACCCCACGUACAUGUCACCCUUUGCACAGUUUGCCUGUGACAAUGGAUUGAAUGUCAGAGGGGGGAAACCAGACGACAUCACCGUCCUGCUGUCCAUCGUGGCCGAGUACACAGACUGAGGUGCUGGCGCUGCCCGAGCCCCCGGCCCGUGUCCUGCUGGCAGGAUCAGGAUUGUUCCUUCCUUCCUUCCCAGCUGCUCCCGGCUCCCUGAGCCCGCAGCCUGGCCCCAGACACAGCUGAGGCCCUUGCUAAGAACCACUCGUAGUCCACUGGUCUUGGUCUGCCAGCAAGAGAUGGAGAAGCUCAAGGCUUGGAGCUUGUCUUUGAGAGCUUAGUCCUUGUCUGGAACAGGGGAGGAUCCAUCCCACGGUGUUGCUGCGUUGGAGAUGUGACUUUCCGAGGAGCAGAAUUGGUUGAUCACCUUUCAAAGCAGAUCAAUAGGUAACACCUCUGCACGAGGGCACAUUACUCUAUUUCUAGGAGCGUUGGCUGUUGUUGAGGGUGUGUUACAGCCCCAGUUCCAUAAAGCAUAGUCUUGUUCCAGUGAUAGCUGAGGUUUCGUGUUUCUGAGCUCCGGUUUUCAGGAGAUUUAUAACUGCUGUAAACAUUCUGCUCUUGCCAUCCAUGGUGUCAGCCUUAGGAGCCUUUUCUAGUACGAGAUUUCAGACAAACCUAGUUCAAGUUAUAUGGAUGCAAAAUGUGUUUUGUGAUUUCAGGUGCUUAACUGUGAUCUUAAAAGUUCUGCAGAUCAUUCGUCCAUAAUGGGCCUGGUUCUGGAUGUUUUGGCUGUGGAUAAUUAUUAUUUUUUUUAAACAAAAAUUCUAGCUCAGUCUCAAACAGCCGAGCUGGCCACAGUUGAGGUCUUUCAGUGUUUGAACCCAUCUCAGAGUGGGAUGAUGGUAAAUGCUACGGUGGGAGGUUGCACAAAACAGCUCAUCCUCAACUCUGAGCGUCUUCACUUUGGGUAGAUAAUUCUGUUGUUGAUAUAAAACAUAAUUUGUGUUAAUAAUUGCCACUCUUGCUUGUAGAACAGAAUAUGCUGCACCAGUUUAAGUCCAGUUGAUCCUUUCUGACUCAAACAGGAACCUCUUUGCUUCUGCUGCGGCAGCAGCAGCGAGUACGAAAAUGGAAACUUAAUGAAUAAUCAGUAAAGCUUACAUUUCAAUUUAACUAAAGUUUAGGGGUUUCAAUGAUCCUUAAUGAUGUUUACAGUUACCUAACAGCCACUUUGCAAUAUGACAUUUCCUUUUCAAUGACAGUAGCUCACGUUUUCCCCCCUUUUCCAGCCAGCUUUCCUUUUCCUUUCCUGAGGCUCAUAUGAAAGCUGAGAGCUGUAAAGAUAUAUAUAUUUUUGGUCAGUUUUUCAUUAACUUUUUUGCUGGUAGAGAAGUAUGUAGAAAUAAAUUAAAGCCAUGUUUUUAUAUAUAAAAAGUCGGGUAAUGUUGCUGUUUAAGUGAGUGCAGUUAAACUUGGUCAGUAAGGAAUCUUACCUGCUCUCAAGAGGAGAUUUUUACUACCUGGUUUAUUGUAUUGAAACUGUUUAAGUUUGAGGUUACCUCAACUUGUUUAAAGAAUUUUUGUGGACUUGUACUGUAUAUUUGCGUAACUAUGUCAAGCUUUUAUUUAAGGUCAUUUAACAUGUACCAUGUACAUGUCAUUUUACUAUAUUUCAGUGCAUCAUGCUUGUAACAGGCAUUUCAUUUAUAAUAAGUGAUUAAUUUGGGAGCUCUUCAGUAAUUUAUCUGCUAUUCCUCAAUUGGCAUAAUGUUAGAUAUCUACUUUAAAUCACCUUGUAAUUACUCGUCAAAAUGCCUUAACUACCCUAACUUGACCAAAAUAGGAUUUUGGUGAGGGUAUGGGGAGGAUUAUAUUAAUGAAGAAAAAUUAAUUAGUUUUGCGACACACGAACAGUGAGUGGUGGAGAACUUUGCACAACAUGUCAGUCCUUGUUGUUUUUAACCUGAACAAGCUGUCUCUGGCUGUCUUGGCGGAAUGUAUUCACAUGCAGAACAGGGCUUUGUUUCUUGUUUGGGAGGGGCCUUUCUCUCCCGACUCCGGGCGUCUUUACAUUUAUCCAGUAUUUACUCGCACGCUUCUGGAUUAGAGCAGAUUUGAUCAAUUCUUCUUUCCCUUUGCCCUUCCCUUCAGGCGACGCCCCCGUGGCCCCAGGCUGUUCUCUGCUCUCAGCACAGUCCCCAGCCCUCCCUGUUCCCCUCCGCAGCUUUCCAGGCCUUUUCCUGGGGACCUGUGCAGCUCAGAGGGUCUGGAAUUCCCAAAUUCCGAAUUCCUGCUCCCCCGGGGCCGGGCGUGCUCCCUGUGUGUAUCCACAAAGCCGUUUGCCUCAUAUCACACCAUGACCUGUUGGGUUUUUUUAAAAUAAAGAACAAAUUUGGGUUUUGAUUUACAAAUCAUGAGUUUUUCCCUCACCGGGCACACCAAAGACCAGUAAAGCUUUUAGCUUUUCCAUCUGUUUAUAAAGCAAUACUGUAUUAUAAAGAAUUGAUAUUUUUAUCACAUGCUUGAUUGUUUUGGGUUUUUUUAAGACGUGCACUCUGAACAUAUCAAACCUGAUUUUUUCCUAUGAACUUAACGCUGUCUGCGCACAAGUGAUCUUUGGAGAAGGAAAUGACAGGGCCCAUCCUAUCAAAAAUAAUUCCCAGCGAUACAUGGAGCAGUAACACUUGCUAGGGGUUAGGUUAGUGGGAAUGGUCACGAGAGGAAUGUACAAGAAAGGUGUUCCCUGACUUGGGCUGGCUUGGAGCUGCUGCAGAGGGCUGUGGUUUGUUUUGGGAGCUGCUGGGUUGGGAGCAGGGAUCUGGAGGAGCAGAAGGAGCUCUGUUCCCCAGGAACCUGGGAUUGCUGCAGCAGCCACCGCAGGGAUUGGGGUGGAGCAGGGGGAGAUGUGGUGAAUUGGAAAAGCUCUGUGGUUCCUUGCUACUUUCCUGGCUAUCUUUGGGAGAGCUGCGACAUACAGUCCUAAAAGUCCUUUUUCAGGCUGAAAACAAAACCAAACCAAAAAGUAGAUUUGGGACCAGACUGUUACAAGUGAGCCAAGGAGAAGGGAGAGGUGAUGAUCUGGUGGAGGUGGGGGGAUUUAGUGCUGGAAUGUCCUUCUCUUGGUAAGGGAAUUCCUUUCUCCAGGGGAGGAGCAGCUGCUGUGUGGAGAACCCGACUGUAUGCAGUAGUUUCUGACUAAGAUAGCUGAAACAAUGAAGCAAAUCUGAGUCUGUAUCUGAGGAUGCUUUUUUGUUGCUGUUAAAAUGAGACUAUCAUCUAUGCUUACCUAAGAGGCAAUUAUGUGAAUUUCAUGUCUGAGGUAUAACUUAUGCAGGAAUAGUUCUGUAAAUACAU